UAGACCUCUUAUCACGAUUCCUGCAAUCUUUCCCUCUGGAAUAUAUAAAUCCAUGUGAAGUGUCCCUCCUUGCAGUAUUUACUCCUCUGUCAUCUGUUCUUGUUCCCGUCCUGUCACAUCAUGCCGGCUAAUUACAAUGGAACCUGGGUCAUGGAGAAGAAUGAUAACUUUGACGGCUAUAUGAAGGCACUAGACAUUGAUUUUGCCACAAGAAAAAUCGCUGCCCACCUAACCCAGACUAAGGAACUAAUCCAGGAAGGGGACAACUUCAAAACCAAAACUACAAGCACAUUCAGGAACUAUGAGGUCAACUUCACAGUUGGGGUAGAGUUUGAAGAGAAGACCAAGGGACUGGAUGACCGUGUAGUUAAGACGUUGGUGUCCUGGGAUGGAGAUAAACUCAUCUGUGUCCAGAAAGGAGAGAAGAAUAACAGAGGCUGGAAACAUUGGAUUGAGGGGGACAAACUCUACUUGGAACUGACGUGUGAAAAUGAAGUAUGUCUUCAAGUUUUCAAGAAGAAAAACUGAAAAGCCUGAAAAUUGAAAUUUCUGGAUAGAUAACGCUAGUUUGCUUUGUAAAAAGCGGGAACAUCUGAUACAUUUUUAUGUAUAUUUUCUUUGUAAUGAACAAUAAACUUUAUACUGAAA